CUCCGCCUCUUUUUACGUUUUUCUAGAAGCGGUGGGAAGGGAAUCCGUAGUGUGGGAAUCACGUAAGCGAAGACGUGGAAACACCUGAAUCAUUUAAUCGCAGUACCUGAUUGCAACUCAAAGAAUAACUGAUGAUAUUGGCAGAAAAGGAAUUUUUAUAUCUGACAUCUUCAAUAUUUAUCUUCUUUGAUAGACUAAAGGAAGCUGUUAUACAGAAGAACUAUAACCAUGUUUAUAUAAAUUGGUGAUGAAUUAUAGCGAAACAUUUCCUCUCUAUGAGAUCGUCAUCAACAUUUCUCAUAUUCACAGCCUAAUAUAUGUGGCAGAUUAAUUUCAUUUGAAAUAAACUUGGAUUAAAUUACAAAGAUGCUUUCUGCCUCCUUCUGAUAUCAGCAAAGAUCAGAGCUGAUGGAACACAAGAAAUAGUUGUUAUCAACAAGCUAUAAAAAGAGAAAUAAGAAAAGUAUUCCUACAUAUAUAUAUAUAUAUAUAUAUAAUGGUGAGAGGCAAAAAUUCUGGAAAAUUUAAUUGUGUGAGAAAGUUUGGAAGCUGAUUUUCUUUAUCUGAACACUUUAGUGUUUAACUCAGCCAUAUCCGGCCGAUAUAUUUUGAUUAUUUUAUAAUCAAACGAAUGAGAUUUGUCCUCUCAUACCUACCCUGCAAUGUCACUCUAAAAACAAUCACAUCGUUGAAGUUUGAAACUGAUGAAAUAAUACGCAAUUCAUUCGAAACAACGUGAAGAAAAAAGCAUUACGAAUCACAGAAUAAUCCGAAUACUAAAAGGUUAAAAAGAUGCCAAAAGAGUUAGGAAAAUCCCCAUACCAAUGUGAUAUUUGUCAGAAAUCAUUUUCUCAAAGAUAUAACCUAACAACUCACAAAUAUAUUCAUACAGGAGAAAGACCAUAUGACUGUGAUAUCUGUGGUAAAACAUUUCGACGGAAUCUGCACUUAAUUGACCACAGACGUAUUCAUACAGGAGAAAAACCAUAUCACUGUGAUACCUGUGAUAAAUCAUUCUCCCGGAAACCAAACUUAAUUCAACACAAGCUUAUUCAUACAAAGGAGAAACAAUAUCAGUGUGAUAUCUGUGGUAAAUCAUUCUCUCUCAUUCAUGCCCUAACAAAACACAAGCGUGUUCAUACGGGAGAAAAACCAUGUCAGUGUGAUAUCUGUGGUAAAUCAUUCUCUUCACAGGCCAGUUUAGCUAAGCACAAUCGCAUACAUACAGGGGAGAAACUUUAUCACUGUGAUAUCUGUGGUAAAUCAUUCUUUCAGAAUGAUCACUUAGCUAGACACAAUCGCAUUCAUACAGGGGAGAAGCCAUAUCACUGUGAUGUCUGUGGUAAAUCAUUCUCUCAGAAUGAUAGCUUAGCUAAACACAAUCACAUUCAUACAGGGGAGAAGCCGUAUUCCUGCAAUAUCUGUGGUAAAUCAUUCUCUCAGAAUGGCCACUUAGCUAUGCACAAUCGUAUUCAUACAGGAGAGCGGCCAUAUCACUGUGAUACCUGUGGUAAAUCGUUCUCUCAGAAUGAUAACUUAAUUAUUCACAGUCGCAUUCAUACAGGAGAGAAGCCAUAUCGCUGUGAUAUCUGUGGUAAAUCAUUCUCUCAGAAUGACAGCUUAGCUAAACACUCUCGCAUUCACACAGGAGAGAAGCCAUAUCGCUGUGAUAUCUGUGGUAAAUCAUUCUCUCGAAGUGAUCAUUUAACUGUGCACAAUCGUAUUCAUACAGGAGAGAAGCCAUAUCGUUGUGAUAUCUGUGGUAAAUCAUUCUCUCAUAAUGAUAGCUUAUCUAAGCACAAUCACAUCCAUACAAGAGAGAAACGAUAUCACUGUGAAGUCUGUGGUAAAUCAUUCACUCAGAAUGAUGGUUUAGCUAAACACUGUCGCAUUCAUACGGGAGAGAGGCCAUAUUGCUGUGAUAUCUGUGGUAAGGCAUUCUCUCGGAAUGACCACUUAGCUGUGCACAUUCGCAUUCAUACAAGAGAGAAGCCAUAUCGCUGUGAUAUCUGUGGUAAAUCAUUUUCUCAGAAUGAUAGCUUGGUUAAGCACAAUCACAUUCAUUCAGAAAAGAAACUAUAUCACUGUGAUAUCUGUGGUAAAUCAUUUUCUCGGAACGAUAGCUUAGCUAAACACAAUCGCGUUCAUACAGGAGAGAAACCAUAUUACUGCGAAAUCUGUGGUAAAUCAUUCACUCAGAAUGAUGGUUUAGCUAAACACAAUCGCAUUCAUACAGGAGAGAGGCCAUAUCGCUGUGAUAUCUGUGGUAAAUCAUUCUUGCAGAAUAUUCACUUAGCUGUGCACAAUCGCAUUCAUACAGGAGAGAAACCGUAUUGCUGUGAUAUCUGUGGUAAAUCAUUCUCUCAGAAUGAACACUUAACUAAACACAAGCGUAUUCAUACAGGAGAGAAAACAUCACUGUGAUAUGUGCUGAAUCAUUCUUUUGAAAUGUCUCCUCAGUCAAGAAGGGUCUUUGCAUCAGCCACAGUUUUGUUCAGUAACCCUCAGCAGGUUGUUCCAUUGGAACCUCCAGUUGUCUGGAAAGAAGCCCAUAUUUGUGUGUGUAUCCUCAACCACAUCUUGAAAACUGGUAUUGGUUUGUUCAUGUCUCCAUAACUUAACAGCUUAAUAAAGUUUAAUAGAAAAUUACCACACUUUAAAAAUAAGUCUUAGGUCAAUUUGUUUGACUAAAGCCUGUCAAUGCAGGGCCCCAGCAUGGCUGCAGUCCAUUGUCUGAGACAAUUGAAAGAUACGAAGGUACAAUUCUUUUUUUGUGAAAUACUAUUCAUAUGUUAAUCUCAGUCGUGCAUGUUAGGCCCCCCCCCCCAAAAAAAAAGAAAAAAACAUUAUGAAGAAAAAUUACGUUUAUGAAUUUGUGUUGCAAAAUCCCUAAUGUGAAACUGUGUUGAAACAGAUAUUGUUGGAUUUCGGGAUGGUCAUUUUUUUUUGUGUUUAUGUGGGGGGAAAAAAGCAUGGACCAUCCUGAGAUACAAGGAUAGGAAGAAAAAGUUAAGUCGGACACUUCUUCAGAUUUCCUUUUCAAUAUAGCCUGCUGUUUUUGUUGUGCUCUUUGUAGGUUUUGGAUUUCUUUUUCUGUCAUUCUGUAACACAAAUAUUUCCUCAUGGAUGGGGUACUAGUCCAUCACAGGAUUACUCAUUUUUGCCACCUGAGUGGACUGGAUGAACAUGAUGAAAUGAAGCGUUUUGCUCAAGAACACACCACAUCACUUGGUUUCAGGAAUCGAAACCACAAUCUUGUCAUUAUGAGUCCAUGUGCCUCCACAAAUUUCUCUUCACUUCUCAGCUGGAUGGUGAGAUCCCAGUCCUGAAAUGUACAUCCAAGGUGUUAGAACACGUACCAGGCUUUACACAAAGUAAGUACUGGGAUCCAUUCAAAAGUUUGGCAAGAUGGUGCCCCAGCAUGGCGGCAGUCUUAUGAUUGAAACCAGUAAAAAAGAGAAAAGAAUGCAUUUUGCAGUAAGAAAGUGCACACACUAACAUCUACAGUUCAUCAUGUUAGUUGAUUAAUAGGUCAUCUUUUAGUUUCCAACUUGCCUGGUUACACGUGUUUAAAAUUUUACCUGAAAAUGUUGGAUUUUUCCUAGGAUGUAAUUUAAAAAUGCAUCAAUAAAAUGCUACCAAAACAUUUUAAA